UCAAUUCUCAAUCCUCUUCUCCACACCUAAAUUUCCACAACAAAAAUCAAAAUCAAUUUCGCCAUACCUUCGCUUCGUAUUUCGCAGGAAUCAUCAAGUGAAAUGGAAACUUCAGUAGCGACGGAGCUCAGAUUAGGUUUACCAGGAAGAGACGAAUCGGAGGCGAAGAUAACAAGUGUUAGCAACAAGAGAUCUUCUUCUGAGAUGGACGAUUCAUGCGAUCCGCAGCAGGAGUCCGUUGCGCCAGCUCAGAAGGCGCAGGUGGUUGGAUGGCCGCCGGUGAGAUCCUACCGGAAAAACAUUCUGCAGAAGAAGGCGGAGUCCUCAUCGGAUGGCUCGGCGAUGUUCGUGAAGGUGAGCAUGGACGGAGCUCCGUACCUGAGGAAGAUCGAUCUCAAGUUUUACAUGAAUUACCUCGAUCUGCUCAAGGCUUUGCAGAACAUGUUCAAGUGCACAAUAGGAGUGUAUUCGGAGAGAGAAGGAUACGACGGAUCUGAGUUUGCGCCGACGUAUGAAGAUAAGGAUGGGGAUUGGAUGCUGGUUGGGGAUGUUCCAUGGGAGAUGUUUGUGACAUCUUGCAAAAGGAUGAGAAUCAUGAAAGGAUCAGAAGCGAGAGGGUUGGGCUGCCUGUAGAUCCACGCACAAGACACACUGUGGACGUGUUUUGAAUUCUUUCAUGCAUGAUUUCAGAGAAAGAGAAGGGUUUUUGAAGACAUGUGUAUAGUCUUUCUUCUUCUUUUAAAUGAAUUUGGGGAAAUUUGUAAUGUAUUUACAGAUAUAGAGAUAGCGUUACACUAAACGAUAUUUAAUACAAUUAGAUCGAAAAUUGGAUUC